AAAAGAUCAGAUUUUUUUCUUGAUUUUUGGAAUUCUUUUUUACCAAAACUCAAAUCUUGUUAUAUAAAAUUAAGGGUUAGUUUUAAAAAAAAAUUGUUUUAUAGUACAAUAUGUCGAAGAGUAUACUUGUGACAGGGGGAGCAGGGUAUAUUGGGAGUCACACAGUGUUGCAAUUGUUGCUUGGUGGUUAUAAGACUGUGGUGAUUGAUAAUUUGGAUAAUUCUUCUGAAAUUGCUGUGAAAAGGGUUAAGGAAAUUGCUGGUGAAUAUGGCUCUAAUCUCUCUUUUCACAAGGUGGAUCUACGUGAUAAGCCGGCAGUUGAGGAGAUUUUCAGGUCUAACAAAUUUGAUGCUGUUAUCCAUUUUGCUGGACUAAAAGCGGUUGGUGAAAGUGUUGAGAAGCCUCUGAUGUACUAUGACAACAACCUUAUUGGAACAAUUACCCUCUUGGAAGUCAUGGCAGCUCAUGGAUGCAAAAAGCUUGUGUUUUCAUCGUCAGCUACUGUUUAUGGUUGGCCAAAAGUGGUUCCUUGUACUGAGGAAUUCCCCCUGAGUGCUGCAAAUCCUUAUGGACGGACAAAGCUCUUCAUUGAAGAAAUAUGCCGUGAUGUACAAAACGCGGACUCUGAAUGGAAAAUCAUAUUGCUGCGGUACUUUAAUCCUGUUGGUGCUCAUCCAAGUGGUCGAAUUGGUGAAGAUCCGCGAGGAAUUCCUAACAACCUUAUGCCAUUUGUUCAGCAAGUUGCUGUUGGCAGAAGAAAAGAGCUGACAGUUUAUGGAACUGAUUAUGGAACGAAGGAUGGUACAGGGGUCCGUGAUUACAUUCAUGUUAUGGAUUUAGCAGAUGGACACAUUGCUGCCUUGCAGAAGCUAUCUGAUCCUUCCAUAGGCUGUGAAGUGUACAACUUGGGAACUGGAAAAGGAACUUCAGUCCUUGAAAUGGUGGCCGCAUUUGAGAAGGCUUCUGGAAAGAAAAUUCCAAUGGUUAUGUCUGGUCGACGCCCUGGAGAUGCUGAAAUUGUAUAUGCUGCUACAGAGAAAGCAGAACGCGAAUUGAAGUGGAAGGCGAAAUAUGGCAUCGAAGAGAUGUGUAGGGAUCAGUGGAACUGGGCUAAGAAGAAUCCCUAUGGCUAUGAAGGAACUCCAGAAUCUAGUAACUGUCACUGAAGGCUACUUCAACUGCAUAAUAUCGUCAUAGUCGCUGCGUUCCAGUUGCUGCAUCGUGUAUGGAAUCCAUCGAGUCUUCGAAGGGAUGAUUCAACGUAUAGUUCUAGGGCUAUUAGAGGGGAUUAUAAUGUUUAUAUUGUCUAACUUUUAAGUUUCAGAAUGUAAUUGGAGUUUCAAUGAGUCAGUAGUUAGAUAAAAAAAAAGAAAAUCUAAGAAAGUUGAUGAAUAAUAUAGCCUUUUUAAUUUAAGCAUAUAGUAGUAUUUCAUUUGUUCUUUCAUUUCUUUUCUUUGUAUAAUAAUAACUAUCAGCAUUUGAGUCUUGUUUUAGCACACCAUAAUCGAUUUCAACUAGUUUGGGAUUGAGACGUAGUUGAUUGAUAGAUAUAUUGAAAGAUCUGUUCUUUA